AUGCCCGGGGGAAAGAGAGGGCUUGUGGCACCGCAGAAUACUUUUUUGGAGAACAUCGUCCGGCGUUCAAGUGAGACCAGCUUCCUCCUGGGGAACGCUCAGAUCGUGGAGUGGCCUGUAGUCUACAGUAAUGACGGAUUCUGCAAGCUGUCCGGCUUCCACAGGGCUGAAGUCAUGCAGAAGAGCAGCACAUGCAGCUUUAUGUACGGAGAACUGACGGACAAGAAGACCAUAGAAAAAGUCCGACAGACCUUCGACAACUAUGAGUCCAACUGCUUUGAAGUCCUGCUGUACAGGAAGAACAGAAGCCCAGUGUGGUUCUACAUGCAGGUGGCUCCCAUCAGGAACGAGAACGACAAGGUGGUUCUGUUCCUCUGCACUUUCAAGGACAUCACCGUCUUCAAGCAGCCCAUCGAGGAUGAAACCACCAAAGGAUGGACCAAGUUUGCGCGCCUGACGCGGGCCCUCACCAACAACCGCAACACGUUACAGCAGCUGGCGCCCAUGAGCAAACAUGAAGUCAGCCAUAAGCAGUCCCGACUGGCAGAGGUCUUGCAGCUGAACUCUGACAUCCUCCCGCAGUACAAGCAGGAGGCCCCCAAGACGCCCCCUCACAUCAUCUUGCACUACUGCACCUUCAAGACCACCUGGGACUGGGUCAUCCUCAUCCUCACCUUCUACACGGCCAUCAUGGUACCCUACAACGUCUCCUUCAAGACCAAGCAGAACAACAUCGUGUGGUUGGUGCUUGACAGCGUGGUGGACGUCAUCUUCCUGGUGGACAUCGUGCUCAACUUUCACACCACCUUUGUGGGGCCCGGCGGGGAGGUGAUCUCCGACCCCAAGCUCAUCCGGAUGAACUACCUGAAGACCUGGUUUGUCAUCGACCUGCUCUCGUGCCUGCCCUACGACAUCAUCAACGCCUUUGAGAAUGUAGAUGAGGGUAUCAGUAGUCUGUUCAGCUCUCUGAAGGUGGUGCGUCUUCUGCGUCUGGGUCGCGUGGCUCGUAAGCUGGACCACUACUUGGAGUAUGGCGCCGCGGUUCUGGUCCUGCUGGUGUGCGUGUUUGGACUGGUUGCCCACUGGCUCGCCUGCAUCUGGUACAGCAUCGGAGACUACGAGGUCAUUGAUGAGGCCACUAAUAAGAUCAAGAUGGACAGCUGGCUCUACCAACUGGCGAUCAGCAUUGGCUCACCCUACCGGUACAACGCCAGCGGUUCUGGCCAAUGGGAGGGUGGCCCGGGGAAGGACUCUCUGUAUAUCACCUCCCUGUACUUUACGAUGACCAGUCUGACAACCAUUGGGUUUGGUAACAUCGCCCCCACCACCGAUGGGGAGAAGAUCUUCUCUGUGGCCAUGAUGAUGGUUGGAUCUCUCCUGUACGCCACCAUCUUCGGAAACGUGACCACCAUCUUUCAGCAGAUGUACGCCAACACCAACCGCUACCAUGAGAUGCUCAACAACGUUAGGGACUUCCUAAAACUCUACCAGGUGCCAAAGGGCCUGAGUGAGAGGGUGAUGGACUACAUCGUCUCCACCUGGUCCAUGUCCAAAGGCAUCGACACUGAGAAGGUAUUAUCCAUCUGCCCAAAGGACAUGCGUGCCGACAUCUGUGUCCACCUGAACAGGAAGGUGUUCAACGAGCAUCCAGCCUUCCGGCUGGCCAGUGACGGCUGCCUGCGUUCCCUGGCCGUGGAGUUUCAGACCAUCCACUGCGCCCCGGGGGACCUGAUCUUCCAUGCCGGGGAGAGCGUUGACACCCUCUGCUUCGUGGUGUCAGGGUCACUGGAGGUCAUUCAGGACGACGAGGUGAUCGCCAUCCUAGGUAAAGGAGACGUGUUUGGUGACGUGUUCUGGAAGGAGACCACCCUGGCACAUGCGUGUGCCAACGUCCGGGCCCUGACUUACUGCGACCUGCACAUUAUCAAGAGGGAGGCCCUGCUCAAGGUGUUGGAGUUUUAUACCGCCUUCGCCAACUCCUUCUCCCGCAACCUCAUACUGACCUGCAACCUACGCAAGCGGAUCAUUUUUCGUAAAAUCAGCGAGGUGAAGAAGGAAGAGGAGGAGAGGCAGCGCGCGAAGAACGAGGUCCAGCUCACCAUCCCCCAGGACCACCCAGUGCGGAAACUCUUCCAGAAGUUCAAGCAGCAGAAGGAGCUCCGUAACCAGGGCGCCACCGCCUCGCAGGUGGACCUGGAGAAGAACCAGCUUCAGGUGGAGCACCACCACCAGCACCUGCACCCCCACAGCCUGCAGCUGGGCCACUCCAGCCUGCAGCACUCCCUUCCUCUCAGCCUUCAGUGUCCACACUCCUCCCUGCAGAAUGGAGCUCUGCCCAGUAGCAGCGUGCUGACUGUGUCACAGGUAACACCGAUGCAAAGCUCCAUGGCCUACAACUGUCCUGGGGAGCCUGCAGCCAAACAGAACAAUUGUGAUAUUAUGGAGCUGCAGCCCAGCUCGGCUGGAGCGGGGAUUGAGCAGACCGCUGGGACCGCCAGAAUCAAAGUAGGCAGCAAUCCCGCACUGGGCAAGCCCGUUGCCAAGGCCACUGGGUGGAUGCGCCUCAAAAACAACGUGGCCGCUCCCACAGCUCCGACGGAAACCAAGAAGGAGGGGCUGAACAACGUCACCAAGGCCGUGUCGGUGGAGAUGCUGUCUCAUGAGGUUAAAGGUCAGGAGGUCGGUGGGAGAGGGGAUGGGGCGGAGGGCGGAGUGUCCGGCAGUAACCUUCUCCGCAAGACGGACUCGUGCGACAGCGGCAUCACCAAAAGUGAGCUGCGGAUCGACCGGGCGGGAGAAGCACGAACACCAGCAGCAGCCACCCCACUCCUUCACAGCCCUCUCCCGGGAGGAGCAGGGUCCCCUCAGCCUUUCUGCCCCAUCCCAGAGCAGGCCCUGCAAGCGGCACUGCAGGAGACGCGGCUGGAGCUCCGGGGGGACAUCCAAACUCUGGGAGGCCGUCUUGGAGCCCUGGAGAGUCAGGUGGCAGAGAUUAUCAAACUGCUGUCAGAGAAGAGGCCGCCCUCCGUGGGGGUACUCCCUGCAGCAACCACACCCAAAGUCAAACGUCAGGACAUCUUCACCGUCUCCAGACCUGUUUCCCCGGACUCAGAGCGGGACGAUGGACUCUGA